CCACCCCACUCUCUUUACCUCGUCGUCUCGCUCACCACAGACCCAACCGAACCCCGCACUCCCACACACCACAGAAUAAAAGAGAAGGCGGCAGCAGCAGACAUAGCACCAGAUCACCUACUCGCUCGAAAGCGAACCAGCCACCGUGCAGAAGAAGGAGAAGGCGGAGGAGGCGGAGGAGGAGGAGCAUGUACAGGGACGUGUCCACCUGCAACACGUACAACUACGGCGACGCCGUGUACUGGGACGCUCGCUACGUCCAGGAAGCGGAGAUGGGCCAUUUCGACUGGUACCAGCGUUACGCUGGCCUUCGCCCUUUCGUCCGCAUGUACAUCCCCUGCUUCUCCUCUCGCGUCCUCAUGGUCGGAUGCGGCAACGCCCUAAUGUCCGAAGACAUGGUAAAGGAUGGGUAUGAAGACAUAACGAACAUUGACAUUUCCUCAGUGGCUAUUGAAAUGAUGAGAAGAAAAUAUGAAUGCAUCCCUCAGCUUAAAUACAUUGAAAUGGAUGUUAGGGACAUGAGCUUCUUCCCGGAUGAGUCAUUUGACAGUGUCAUCGAUAAAGGAACUCUUGAUUCCUUGAUGUGUGGCACGGAUGCGCCGACAAAUGCUGCUCGAAUGCUAGGAGAGGUGAGCAGACUUCUUAAAGCUGGAGGAAUUUACAUGCUGAUUACCUAUGGUGAUCCGAGUGUGAGGAUGCUUCAUUUGAACCAACCAGUAUACAACUGGCGAAUCAUUCUGUACAUCAUACCCAGACCAGGAUUUCAGAAGCCGGCAAACAAUAGUUCAACAUCAAGGUCAUAUCUGGAACCCGUGCCUCUUACUGACAAGGGUUUACUUCCACCUGAUUUUGUGGUGGAAGAUCCAGAUUCUCACUUCAUAUAUGUGUGCAAAAAGAUGGAUGAGACAGAGCUAAGUAGCAUAACAACCGACCCUUUGGAUGUUGAUAAUUUAUAGCGGCUUCUCCGAGUAUCUCAUUCUGAUGUAAGUCUGUCUCUCCAUGCAUCCCAAUCGCACACGUCCUGUUUUUCUUUUCCCCACAGACCAAAGCAUGCACGGGUACAUAUGUGCACGGGGAUGUACACGUUAAUGUACAUUAUGAAUCGGAGCGGACGAGGGACUAUAUUGAAGUUUAGCAGCUCUCAAUCAAUGAAUUGCAUCUAAAAUUAACUCUCUGACAAGCUUAGGAACAAUUUGAUAGCUGGACCUAUUGGCUUUGCAAGAACAAGGUCAGUGCAUCUCCCAUAUGUUGCCGGGCUUUUCAAUUGCUACGUGCAUAGAUAGAGUUUAUAGAUUUUAUGAGCAUGAUAUGAAAUUCUUAUCUAGGAUGAGAGUGUUGGAGAGGCAAAUUCAGGGCUCAUGGAAGUUCCAAAGGAGAAAAUUUCUUUGUCCAGAAUGCAAAUUCAUAAUGGAGAACUUAGUGGUUGAGCUUGAGGGAUGUGCAUGCAUGUGUGGACAAUGCGCCUUGUACCUAUUUGAUAGCGUAUAGGAAGCUCUUUCAAAAGGA